AUCACACCUGCCGACGAGGAUCUCUCAACCAGGCCAACGCUGAAAAAACAUUUGAAGGCCAAAGUAAAAGCACAGCUGUCAGAUCUGGAUCUGGAGUCUGACCGCAUGAGUCUUUCCACUCCUUCCACUUCUCUCCCCUCCGUCGCACACGUCAGCUUCUCGGUUGGUUCCAACGGUUCCGGUCAGCUCGGCCCCUUUUCCGAAACUUGGAUCGCUGACUAUCUGCAAACUCAACGCAUUCUCUUGUACCGACAGGAGCAUCCCAAUCCCCGUAUUUUCUAUUUUUGCGACUACCUGGGCUGUGAAACAUGUCAACGCCCCAGAGAACCAGUUUAUUUUGGCAAUCCGACAGACAUAGAAAACACUGGAAGUCGUCAAUCCACAUAUCAAAGCAGCUCCUUCCUCACGUGGAUCUCAUAUGCGUGUGGCUUUUUUAGCGACGGAGAAUCUUCAAGCUCCAGUCACACACCUCUCAGCUGUAUAGCUGCCCUCUUCAAAGAUGCCAAAGAUGCCUUCGAACUAUUCCCCAACUGUGGCAACUAUGUGCUCUGCGCCCUGUUCGCUGAACCGCGCUCGAAGCCGAAACCGCUGGAGAAAGAGGACCCAUUGGCUGGGUCAGUAACCUUGGAGGACUUUUUUAAUCUGAGUUGUGAGUUUGAGUGUGCGGCACAUCCGGACGACGGCCAUCAACCCUGCAGAGCCUGCGAGGGCUACUACGAUGAAGCAGUUAGUAUAAUGCAGAAGCUCAGACCACUUGAGUGGAUCAUCUUUCAAAAUGCGGUGGCCACCGCUGUUAGCGCCGCAGCAAGUGUAGGACUUGGAGAAGAAUUACCCAGCUCGAAUUCCUCCCUGGAGAGGUUCGACCGCGAGACUCGUUAG